CAAUGUCAACAUCAAUAAUUUGCCGGUAGAGCAAACAGGUCGAAGGACGUUAGGACUUCGGUCAAGAAGCGCAGAGUUCGUGGAAAUCCUUACAUGUGUCAAUAGGCUUCACUUAUGAUUGAUCAGGGCCUAGAUUUAAAGCUUGCGGAGUGACAUAGGAGCUCAGAAACCCAACCAACACGAAACGAACAACUUCACAGAUAGUGGUAUACAUUGUAGAGGCUAGUGUACUUGUGUCAUUUUCACGCUGUCGGUCAUCAGAUCAGAAGGCUUGUUCUGUCAGUGGAUUUAACUUUUAAUUCCGAGUUUGUGUUGAUUUCAAAAGGACCUAUGGUUCACCGAAACAACUCGUUUCCAGCAUCUUCAAGCGAGGAGACGUCGUCCGCAACUUCUUGCACGAAAAAUUCGUCGCGAAAAUCUAAAAAGAUGCCUCAUUCUACCACAACGAAAUCGAAGGCAAAAAGGACAGUAAGUUCCCCUUUGGAGGAACCAGUUGUCAAGCAUCAUCACCAUAAACAUAAUUUAAAACAUCGAUUUGAAAUCGUCAAAACCCUCGGUGAGGGGACGUAUGGAAAAGUGAAACUUGCCGUCGACAGGACCAAUGGAGAAAUGGUUGCCAUAAAGUACAUCCGAAAACAUAAAAUCCAGACUGAACAAGAUCUGGUGCGGAUCCAACGUGAAAUAAAAGUCAUGGCAUCCCUGCGCCAUCCACACAUCAUAAAUAUCAUGGAAGUGUUUGAAAAUAAAGAAAAGAUCAUCCUGGUGAUGGAGUAUGCCGCUGGUGGCGAGUUGUAUGACUACAUCAAUGAGAAGAAGGUACUACAUGAAACCGAGGCCAGGAAAUUCUUCCGUCAAAUCGUUUCUGCCAUCCACCACUGCCAUCAGAAUGGUGUUGUACACCGCGACUUAAAGUUAGAGAAUAUAGUUUUAGACAAAGAUUAUAAUAUCAAGAUAGCAGACUUUGGUCUUUCCAACAUGUAUACGUACGACAGCCUGUUGAGCACAUACUGUGGUAGCCCUCUGUAUGCCUCACCGGAGAUAGUCAAUGGUACGCCAUACCACGGCCCUGAGGUUGAUUGCUGGAGCCUUGGCGUCCUUCUCUACACUCUAGUCUAUGGUGCCAUGCCGUUUGACGGGAGCGAUUUCAAACGAUUGCGACGACAAAUCACGGAGGGAGACUUCUAUGAACCAUCCAGGCCCUCGGAUGCAUCCAGUUUGAUCAAACACCUGUUACAAGUCAAUCCGAAGAAGCGUGCGACAAUCGCCGAUAUCAGCUGUCACUGGUGGGUCAAUGUUGGCUACAACUACUCUCCAAUGGAGGAGGGGCUAAAGCACCCAGCAGCGUUGCAGGCGCCGAUGGUCUAUUCUUCAUUCCACUCGCACUCGUCAGACAGUGACGAGAACGAUGCCCAGCCACCAAGACGCCAAAUACGUCGAAGAUCUAGUCUCAGUGAACGCUCAAAAUCAGGUGACAAGACGAAAGUCACCAGUGUCAGUCUUACCGAUGGUGCUGUGGAAGUGUGUGAGUCGGCUAACGGUGCAACGUCGCCAGUUGCAUUCGACUCGAACAGAAAACCGAAACGGGGCAUUUUGAAAAAUCAUCAGAGCAAUAAGAGCAGCCAGAAAGGCUGUGUGACGGAGGAAAACAUCUCAGAGAAAACGAAAAAGUUUGAUCUGACAGACUUAGAAGCUGCGUUGGACUCCACGACGAGACCAAAAUCUGACUGUGAUCAAUUAAAAUGCAAUAGUUCCGUGAAUUCAGACAUUUGUGAUAAGCCGGCCCAAGGGAGUGCUGAAAUUAAGUCAGCGGAACACUCAUUAGACUCUAAUUGUACAACACUCAAUGUUAUUGGUGAAACUACGGAUGUUGACACGAGUAAGCCGGCCGUCGUAAGGCGGCGUGGUAUUCUCAAGAAACAUGUCGCUGGGCGUCACUCGGGUGAAUUUGAACCGACCAAUCGCUAUAGCUAUGGCAGCAUGAGCUCAAAUUCCUCAGGUGACGUUUUGGACUUUUCAUACGACAGUUCUGAUGCCGAGCAUUUAUUUACCUACAGUUUCUCUGCAGAUAUCGAUGACAUUGAAAGCUCAAAGGUCAAAUCAGUCCAGGCUGAGUUUGAUUUGAAAAAUCAAAAUGUGCAGGACACUUUCACGUCGACAUCGAAUGGCGUAUCGGAUAAUUUCGUCGUAGCUGUUCUUGACAGUGACACUGCCGCUAGUCAGAUCGGUGAAGGAGAAACAGUCAUUCGUCUUGAUGAUGCAAUGAAUGUUUAUCGUGAAGCACUCAGCAUUUGUAACCAGUGAAAUUAACACACCUUGAUAUGCAUGUGUUCCCUAGUUAUGCCAUGCGUCCACUUACAAAUCAUAUUGGAGCUAGCCAUUUCAGCUCAGUCAAUUCAAAGGUUGUGUUCGGCUUGCUCAAAUCAUGUGGAAAUGUUGGUAGAAUCUUAGAAUUGUGUAUAAUUGGGACUUGGACACGAUUCCUUGGUUAGCUAGUUCGCAAACUGUUUCUUCCAAACCGAUCUUUUAAAGGAAACCUGUAGCGAAACGCUUACAAAAAUGGAGAGUUUUGAACGACCCUCUAUAUAGCCAAACCACUAGUUGAGCCUAAGCAAAGGCCAGUACUCGAACAAGUCAGCAUUAUUUGUUAUGCUGUCGUGCUUAAAUUUGUUAAUUACUGAAUUUUAAACUUGAAUUGUUCGUGAUUAUUAUCUGUUGUGUCUAUCAAAGAAAUUACUGUUAAAGGAUAUUUUAAUUGAAAGUUCUAUUGUUUCUGUGUUCUAUACUAUUCUCUAGAUGUACUGGUAGUCGAUCCAGUAGCGUCUGUCUUGAAACAUUCUUUAAUCUUUUAGUGCUAUAGUUAAUUUUGUGAAAUAGGAAAUAUUUCGAUGAUUUUAUGUGAUUCGUAAGAUGUUUUAGUUAGGCCAGGUAUUGGUUUAGAUGAUGUGAAUCUAAGUAAUGUGCGAUAAAUCUAUGUUUUAAUCAUGAUUUUUGGAAGUAAUUGUGAAAAUGUUUUUAUUUCGUUAUGUUUCAACGGCAGAUAUGAGGUUUCAUUGUUUGUAAAAUCUUUCAACUUAACCAUAAGUAGAAGGGGGGGAGCAACUAAUUCAUAAAAUACGAAUGACUCUAAUCCUUCAGUGAUGGCUUCAUCUAUGAAUCAUACAAGUAUCAAAAUCACUUUGAAUUUCAUGCUAAUAAGUUUUCAUAACAAACAUUUAAACUAAUGACACACUAAUUUAAGAAUAGGCACCCUCGACCAUAUGUUGCAUAAGUAACAUACAUACAUGUACAGACAUACUACAUAAAACAUGACAUUGUCCACAGGACACCUGGCUUUGCAGGGAUAUAUCAACAAUUUAACGAAUCUGGACUAAAAAUUUAGACUUGUGUGAAUUCACAUACAUAACAUUUUGCAUGUACCUUAUCCCAUUUCAUUCUAAGCUUGUCCCCCUUUUUGAUCAGGUGUGUAGGAAAGCAUUGAAUACAACAACAAUAUUAGGAUGAAAUGGUUGACAUUGCCUGCCAUUUUCUAAAAAUGGUUUUCAACAUAUUUUUGUAUCUAAAACGAUUUCGACGACUUGGGAGUAUUAAUUUGACAUGUGUGAAUUCACGUAUUUAGCGGAAGCUAGAGUCUGUGCCUGGCUUGGCAGUAAUUGGCCCAGAAUAGCGUGGCUAUAAAAAGUGGCACUACCGUCGGCCUUACAGGGACAGACUAUAAUACACAAAAAUUAAGACGUCAGGAUACCUCCCUCUUUGGCAGAAUUGAAACUCCUGAUUUGAAAUAAUUUCGAAAAUAAUACACAUUUGAAGGCUUCUUUCUACAUACAAGACAAAAACUCUAGUUUCACUGAUCUAAGACUAGUUGAUUAAUUACUACCAAAUCAAAACAAAGACCAAGCUGGAACAUGAUGUCAUAACCAUUAGACAACUUGGUGUUGCCAACCCAAUGACUAUUCAUAAUGAACAUUUUGUAUGGCAUUGAGCAACAACAGUCUACAAUAUCUUGCUCGAAUUGUCUUGGAUCAAUGAAUUUAGAGUAUUUCCUCUCUUCCUCGGGCAAUUAUGACAUACACUACAUGUACAUGUACUCAGAGAUACCAUAUGAGUGCAGUUCACCUGGGACAUAAACAGUAUAAGACUUGGCAGCUCCAUUGUAUUUGUAACCAGCUUGAUUCUGGAAUCUUUCACACCCAAACAAAAAAAACGGCUAAGACCUCAUCAGUUUUCAAAAAUGUACUACAAGUGCUAGUACUCUUUCUAAAUGUUGUCCAAACUUCAGUUCAAGGGUCAAUGGGAUCAACAUCUGCGAGUAAAUAAGGCAAACUUUCUAGCAGACAUUGUUAUUUUCUUAUGGCACCUUUUUGUACUUGUUGUUUACCGCCGGCUAUGCUGGUGUAGUCGGACAUUUAUCAGGCAGAUGAUAAUGACCCCACUUUUUAUCACGGUUUUGUGCAAUAAGUACUGUCAUUAAAGCAAUAAUUAUUCGGACCAAUGCUGUAUGGUUAUAUGACCAUGAUGUCAGUGUAUUUGGCCUCAAUUGUAGCUUGUAUCUGUUUAAUUAUCAAAGUCGAUAACCAGGCCAGAAAUUGCUCUGAUAAUUGCAAAAUAUGAAGUUCGGAGAGGAUUGUCACGUUCCGUUUCUGUCAACCUCUGCUACAGGUUGUGUUCUCAAAUGGGUACCAGGUUGGCAGAAAUGGGAAAGAAGGUGUGGAGAUGACUACUGUGCAUGAGAAGCUGUCUCAAUUUUGAAAUCAUGUACACCAAACUCUGAUGUGUCAUUGGUAUCUGCCCAUUUCGCCUUAACCUUAUUCGCCUUAUCCAAUUUUGCCUUCUCCCAUUUAGCCUUCUCCUAACUUGCCUUUUCUCAAUUCGCCUUCUACGAUUUCGCCAUCGUCUUAUCUCGCCUUUGUUCCAAUUGGCCUUCUUCCUAACUCGCCUUCCUCUCAUCUUGCCUCAUCCUUGUUUGCCUUUUCUUAUUUCGCCUUUGUCCUAUUCUGCCUUGGUUCCAUCCUGCCUUAUCUCAUCUUGCCUUUUCCUGAUUGACCUUUGUGUCAAUUCGCCUUCUUCCCAUUUUGCCUUCUCCCGUUUCGCCAUAUCUCACCUCGCCUUUUAUCAAUCCCCCUUCGUUAAGCAAGGGGUCUAUUAUUUGCAGGGGGGGGGG